UCAGGGAGAUACCUCAUGUGACUGCCGCUGACAGAAACUGUAUCGCUGUACACUGGUGACAUUGUUGAUGGAGGGUGUGUGCUUUUCCUUCUGUCAGUCUUGAUUUGACUGGAGCUGGUGGAAACCACGCAGUCAGACUGGUCGUGGCAAACGCGCAGUCAGACUGGUCGUCUUGUGCUUCCAGAGCCAGGGCACUUUCACAGAUUCAUUACGAUGGCUUGGAGAAGAGGGAGAACGCGGUUCUUUUAUCGACCGAUCCAUCAUUUCAACUAAGGUUGGGAUUGUUUCUGAACCGAGGACUCAAGAAGAAAAGGAAUAAAAGGUGCUGGCCUGGAUGGUGUGCCAUGUGAAUGACUGAAGACCAUGAAGCCCCCACACAAGCGGCUGCUGUUCAUCUUUUGCGGCAUAAUGGUCCUGGUCUUUAUUUACUACUCUUCCUGGAAGCUACGUCUAGUAUGGGGCCUGAAGCCUCAGCGUGAUGCAGCAGAGACAACUGUAGGCCUGACUACAGGGGCUGAUGUGAAAAGAAUUACAGAGAGUGAUGCAGCAGAGACAACUGUAUGCCUGACUAAAGGGGCUGAAGUGAAAAGAAUUACAGAGUUGGGAACGGACAUCCCCGUGGGACGAAUAGUAGGCCAAGUGUAUGAUGAGCAGGGCUUUCUGCUGAAGCUGGACAAAAAACUGCCACCAGAGUGGGUAAACAAGUAUGGCAACCUCAGCGAAGGAGUGUGCAAGCCAGGAUACGCAGCAGCCAAGAUGACAGACAUCUAUCCUAAGUUCAUGAACCCAGCACCCAUGUUUCUUGAUCGGAACUUCUUCAAAACUCCUUCAAAACUUCUUUCAAAAGUCAGCAAGUACUUACCUCCGUUUGGAUUCAGAACGCAAGAGAGAAUCAUAGACAACAUUUUAUCUGCCACGAAGAAUUACGGGCUUGGAGCGGCGCUGGACAGCCUCAGCUGUAAAAGAUGCAUCAUUCUGGGCAACGGGGGAGUCCUGUUGAACAAGUCUCUGGGCCCCCGUAUAGAUGACUACGAUGUCGUAGUGAGGUUGAACGAAGCUCCAGUGAGUGGUUAUGUCAAAGACGUGGGGACCAAAACCACCAUUAGGAUUACCUAUCCAGAGGGAGCCAUGCAGAAGCCCGAGAAAUAUGAUAAAGACUCACUUUUUGUUUUAUCCGCUUUCAAACCCCUGGAUUUCAAGUGGCUCAAACAGAUGGUCUUCAAGGAGAAACUGAGGGGUACAGAGGGAUUUUGGAAGUCGGUGGCUCGCAAUGUGCUUCAGGAGCCAAACGAGAUAAGAAUCCUCAAUCCCUACUUCAUCCAGGAGGCCGCCUUCCAGUUCAUAGGCCUGCCCUCCAACAAUGGCCUCAUGGGCAAAGGGAACAUUCCAACUUUGGGAACAGUUGCUAUAACGAUGGCACUGCAUAACUGUGAUGAGGUGGCGGUGGCUGGUUUUAGCUACAACAUGAACACGCCUAACGCACUUCUGCACUAUUACAACAAGACUGUCAAGAUGUCCGCCGUUAAAGAGUCGUGGACACACAACAUAGCCAAGGAGAAGGAGUUCCUCCGCAAGCUGGUGAAGGCCAACGUCAUCACAGACCUGACCAACGGGAUCUGAGUUUACACCCACCCACCCACUGGUCUCCUUUUGCCUUUCCCCAAAGAACUACAAAACAGGAUACUGAGAAAUGGAUCAUUUCUGGGAGAAAGAACCCUUAGAAUCCAGGUGGCCUGCACACUGUCUGGGUUUUUCAUAUCAAAGGAGAUCAUUUAAAAAAGAAAAAAAUCAAAUAAAUACAGAUACAGGAGAGUUUCUGUGGAGAGAUGCACACAUGUGCCUUCUGAACCAAAGAGUCCUGCUGAUUGAAGCAGGAAGCGGAGGGGGUGUACGCGGGGACGGACUGGAUCUGCCCGGUUCCUGUCUCUUAAUAAAGGGACAGUUGGAGGAAAGGCCCUGUCGGCCCCCGCGGGUCAACGUUUACCACUUCAACCCCCCCGCCCCCCCUCCCGGGAGAAUCAUCUGAAUGAAUUGUAAGGAGCAGAAAUGACUUGUCGGCAUACAGAUGUCAGGAUUGAGCUUGACUCAACGGCUCACUUGAAGGGACACAAUUGACCGGAAUGAAAAGAUGGACUGUUAACGGGAGAGAGCGUGCAGGAUGGGUUGAGUAUUAGCAGUGCCAAAUGUACCUCGUUAAGGGGAGAGGCCGCUUCCUCCUCCUCUUUGCUGCCUGAAUGUAUUCACGUCCCUCAGUGUAAAUAUCAAAGGUUUUUACUGUGCUUUUAACAAGCUGCAGCAGCCCCCACCCCGCCAUUUGUCCAUUCAUUCAUUCAUUCGUUUUUGUACUGCCUGACCAGGGUCCGAAAUUAACACUUGCCAAGCCAGUUGACGGCAGAUAAAUCAGCGAGGGUCACCUGCCAUACAGAGGUUGAGUGUUUGAAGUAAUCUACAGACCUCAGUUUUUGCAGUUUUCUCUGUAAAGUCUUUGUAAGGGAGUCCCAGUGUCUCACAAAAGUGAGUACGCCCCUUCACAUUUUAGUAAA